CUUCUCUAGUCUUUCAUUACAGUCUAUAAACCUCUUAAACCCUAGGCCAAUCCCUUUCUCUAUUCCCCAUUCGGAGAUAGAAGAUAGACAAAACAGGCCGAGAGAGAGAGAGAGAGAAGCGCGAAGAUUGAGUGGGUUGUACAUGGCGUUGUACCUCUUGUACGAGUCCGCGUCGGGGUACGCUCUGUUCUUGGCACAUGGGCUUGACGAAAUCGGCCAGAACACUGAGGCAGUUCGAAACUCAGUUACCGAUCUCAAUCGCUUUGGAAAAAUCGUAAAACUUGCUGCUUUUAGUCCAUUUGAAUCUGCUCUUGAUGCUCUUAACCAAUGCAAUGCUGUCUCUGAAGGGCAAAUGACUGAUGAGCUAAGGAACUUUUUGGAGCUUACUCUCCCAAAAGUUAAGGAGGGUAAGAAGCCUAAGUUCAGCCUAGGAUUGGCAGAGCCUAAGCUCGGGUCACAUAUUCAUGAAGUGACUAAGUUUCCCUGCCAAAGCAAUGAGUUUGUUCUUGAACUUUUACGUGGAGUGCGCUUGCAUUUUGACAAGUUCAUUGAAAACCUAAAGUCUGGUGACCUGGAGAAAGCCCAACUUGGCCUGAGUCACAGUUACAGCAGAGCAAAGGUUAAGUUCAACGUCAAUCGUGUUGACAAUAUGGUUACUCAAGCUAUUGUCCUUCUUGAUACUCUUGAUAAAGAUAUAAAUACCUUUGCAAUGAGAGUCCGAGAAUGGUACUCAUGGCAUUUCCCAGAGUUGGUGAAGAUUAUCAAUGACAAUUAUCUAUAUGCUAAAGUUGCAAAAUUCGUUGAUGACAAAUCCCAGUUGUCCGAAGACAAACUUGCAGACUUAACAGAAAUAGUUGGAGAUGAAGAUAAAGCAAAAGAAAUUGUAGAAGCUGCCAAAGCAUCCAUGGGCCAGGAUUUGUCCCCAGUUGACUUGAUUAACGUCAAGUUAUUUGCACAGAGAGUAAUGGACCUUGUUGAAUACAGGAAGAAUCUUUAUGAUUAUCUGGUCACUAAGAUGCAUGACAUAGCACCAAAUUUGGCUGCUCUGAUUGGUGAAGUCGUUGGUGCCCGUUUAAUUUCUCAUGCUGGUAGUCUCACAAAUCUGGCAAAGUGCCCCUCUUCUACCCUUCAGAUACUUGGUGCUGAGAAGGCACUUUUCAGAGCCUUGAAAACCAAAGGGAAUACACCAAAAUAUGGUCUCAUAUUUCAUUCUUCCUUCAUUGGCCGUGCAACUGCUCGUAACAAGGGUCGGAUGGCUCGUUUUCUUGCAAACAAGUGCUCUAUUGCUUCUCGUCUUGACUGUUUCUUAGACAAAAGCACUACUGCUUUUGGAGAGAAACUCCGCGAACAAGUUGAGGAGCGACUAGACUUUUAUGACAAGGGGGUUGCACCUCGUAAAAACCUAGAUGUAAUGAAAGCUGCUAUUGAAACUGCCGAAGACAAAGACAUGGAUGUUGAUGAGGCAGCUAAUGAAGCUUCGACAAAGAAAACCAAGAAAAAGAAAUCGAAAGCUGAGAUAAUGGAAGGUGGACAACCAAUGGAUGAGGAUAAACCAUUUGUUGAUAGAAAUGGUGAUGCCUCUGAAGAGCCCAAAUCCGAAAAGAAAAAGAAGAAGGAGAAGAGGAAAUCAGAACAGGAGCCAGAGCAUGAAGAGGAUCAGACUGCAGGUAAUGGGAAUGGUGCGAGUGAGGAUGGAACAGCAAAGAAGAAGAAAAAGAAGAGUAAGGAAGGAAAUGGAGAGGAACACCCUGCUGCAAGUGAAGGUAAAAAGAAAAAGAAGAAGUCCAAGGCUCAAGAUGAUGAAUAAAUCUGUAAGGUCUUGCGGACCUGAUUAAGCCAUGGCAGGCUUGAUUAUUUUCACAUCUCCUAUUCACCUCCGCAAAAUAGUACGUAUGCCCCAUUUUGGUUCUCACUCCUAGGUAUUUUUUUAUUGUAGUUUAUGGUUUGCAUCUUUGAACAAUAUUACUGUUGAUAGAGAACAGUUGCAACGUUCUGUCUUCUCUGAUUGAUGUGCAGUUAGUUUCAUCUUUACUAGUUUGGAGUGUUGGUGUGCGCUUUAGGGCUUGUACACUUUUAGCCAAUUCCAUAUUCAUUGUGCCCUCUCUUCCAGCUCA